AUCUGCAAAAAGGGAUAAAAAAUUUUAUUUCAAAUGCCGAAUGUUUCGAAUAUACUUUCGAACAAGAUGGAAGAGAGUACAAGUUCUGAAAAUGUUUGGUGUAAAACUAAAGCAGACGAACAAAAUAAUUUGUAUCAUCCGGAAUCUAUAACUUCCUCUAUGGAAGCAAAUUCUACUUCUUUAGCAGAUAUAUUUGAUACAGCAUUUACAUCUACAGUUGAUCCCUCUCCACAACCAAGAUUUAAUUCAGCCAACGAAAUGGAAUAUGACCACUUAUUUGCAGAAAGUGAUGUAGAAGAUUUGGAUGUGAUACCUAUUAAUCCUUAUGUAAAUCCAUCUCAUCAUGGUGCAUCAAAUAGUAAUUUUGUUUUUGGAACUUAUUUACGUGGGUCUGAAGCAGGAGGAGGAAUUUUACAUGAAUGUGAUCAUCCAGUGAAACAUAAAAGUAGAAAAAACGAAGAACGCAAAUCAUUCAAUGAUCAGCAUUCUGAUAGUUUCAGUGUGGCUGGACCAUCUAGAUUGUCAGAUGGAACUUCUAACAAAGUUAUGCAGAAUAUGGAAAAUGACAGUGCCAAUGAAGUCAAUACUUUAUAUCCCUCAGUUAUGUCGAAUGCAAUUCAUUCUCAACAAAAUUCUACGCGUGCAACAAAAAAUGAUGAUACACCAUCAGCACCUGAUUUACAAUUAGAUUGGUCCUCAAGUAGUGAUGAUGCUACUAGUAGUGACGAUGAAGAUGGAUCAGUUGAAGUUCUUGUCUCAGUAAAUCAUAAUAAUAAGCAAAAUUCUGCACAAAAUAAUGAGGAACGUAAUCGUCCAGUAACUGUAGUUGAUUUAACUGUGGAAUCAGAUGAAGAACAUACUCCACCUACUCCAACAACUUCUGUAGUAACACCGGGUACAACAGAUUAUGUACAUAGUGGAAAUAACACUUAUUGCAUGCAUGACCAUUUGUAUCAUGGUCGAUGUAUGCAUCAUAAUUAUAGAAUUCCAAUUCCUGUUAUACCUGUAAGAUAUAGCCAAUUACCAGAUGCUUCUACUGGAAUGUUAAGAUCACGUAUGCAUCCAAUACAAGAAAGGCUAUGGAGGAUGCAACAACGUGUACAAGAAGUACAUAGGCGAAGCCUUCAUCCAAGAUUUUCAACACAUCACACUACAACGUCAUGCAAUCCACAUGUUCAUCAAGCAAACCAACAUACAUGUAAUAAUGGAAAUGUUAACCCUGCAAGUAAUCGUUGUAACAGUUCAGAAAACAUGAUAUUUGCGGAAAAUUAUUUCCCAUCUCCAAUUUUACCACCACCACAACAGCCUACUGUUUAUAGUCAUCCAGAGGCUAGGAGGCCACCAAGUGUUAGUCCGCCUUGUCCCGCUCAGUCUGUGAUGGAAAAUUCUUUGAGUGGUGUAGAAAUGGAACCAACACCACCUCCAGUUAUGCUGCCUUCAAUGCCAGUUCAUCCUUACGUACAUCAUAUGUAUCAUCAUUAUGGUUCUCAUCGAAGACCGCCCGGUCCACAACAUAGACACCAUAUUCAUAUUAAUUGGCUGCAACAUCUUCAUUUGCAAGGCUCUGACGCUCACGAUAUGAUGCCGUUUCCAUCUUUGGGUUUGUUGCAUCCAGCGCGUCAAAUGUCGGCGCAACUUGAGAAUUAUAUGCGUCUUGUUGAUUUACGACGUAUGGCCGCUAUUAGUUGCGGAGCUACGCAGGAGUCGAUAGAAAGUCACACAUUCCGUCAUAAGUACAAACGGGAAAAAAAAGUUGAAAAUAGCGAAGACGCUAUUGAAAAGUGUACUAUAUGUUUAUCGGAAUUCGAAGACUGUGAAAGUGUCAGGAGGCUUCCAUGCAUGCAUUUAUUUCACAUAGACUGUGUCGAUCAAUGGUUAUGUACUAAUAAACGCUGUCCUAUAUGUCGAGUGGAUAUCGAAACUUUUUUACACAAGGAGCUUGAAAGCACUACAUAGUUUAAGGUCGAUUUUAAUCAUCUGUUUUCGUUUUAUAUAAUCAGGUAAUAUUCACAUCUAAAUAUUUUAAAAGAUCCUAUUCAUGAGAAAAAACCUUUUUCUGACACUGCUAUCAAUGUUGAUGUAAAAAAAUUUUACUGUGAAUAAUCAAAAUAUCGAUAAUGGAAUAGAACUAAGUUCCUGGAGUUGUAGAAAAGAUUUGUUUUGAUUAAUUAUCUUUAUUAAUAUCCAUGGUAUUAGUAAUAGUGUACAUAAAAAAAAAAAUAUUAGGUUUGUUUAUUAUGCGUUAUUAUAUUGAUAAAAUAUGUAAUUUGAUUCAUAAUUUAUCAUGUAUGUAAUGGUUUCGACGACCACAAAUUGUUAGAUUAUAGCAAAUAUUUGAAGUGAUACAUCUCUUCGUGUUUUUUAUUCUACUUUUUUAUUAUGUGAUAAAUAAAAGGAAAAGAAAUUUUAAUCAUUAAUAACAACCACUAAAACGAUGAAUUUUUAAAUUAAAUUAGAACCGAGACGAAUGGAAAUUAAUUAUGUGAAAUAAUUACGUGAAAACAUAUUAUUCCUGUGUUAUUAAUAAUUCUCCACUGGGUGCUAUAUUGAUAUAAAUUUUAUACACAAUAAACAUAUUCUAAUGAUUUGUGAAAACGGUUAAAGAUUCUUUGAGGCUAUGUAUACUUUUCGUAAGUUUUUAUAUUGAAAGAGUUUUUUAAUAAAACUAUACUCAAAUAAUUCUUUACUAAUAAUUUCUUAUUCUUCAUAAAAGAGGAUAUCGUUGUAUUAAAAAAAAAAAAAAAAAAAGGAAAAUACCGGUAAUCUUAAAAUUUCGUAAAAAAAAAAAAGAAGCUUUCUAUUUUGAGCGACUUCAUUUUCGCAUCAUUUUACUGGUAUCGUUGGUAACAUAAAAAAGGGCAUGUAUUUUAAUUCACCAAAUUAAACGGAACGCUCUGUAUGAUAUUCAAUAAAUUAUUAUUAUUAUGUCUAGUGCGUAAUAACAAUAAUUAUCAUUUUGCAUUCGAAUGUCGACGCUGUGGCGGCAUAAUAAAGUUGUCUAAAAUCUUUGAUGUCGCCAUGAUGGCGAUACGCUUUUAUUAUGCUUGUACAUUUAUGAUUCUGUAAUCGAAAAGUAUUGUAAAUGUCUGUUACUCUUUAAUCUAAAAUAUAUUUACUUCCAGAUAAUCUGUUGUUUAUUGAUAUCUGCAUAUUUAUUUAUAUGUACAUAUGUAAUAUAUAAUACAUAAUAAAUUUGCUUUGCUCGAG